UAUAUGCACAUAACUUUGUGUGGGUGGGGACAUUAAUUUGCUCUACGGCGUUUGUUCUCUCAUUAGGAAUCAAUCGCCAAAGUUUUAGGUUACACCCAACUCUUGAUUUUGAUUUCUGCCAACUUAACCCCAAGAAAUUGAGUUUCGAAAUUUCACGUAAUCACAACUAUAUAGUCACGAUGAGACACUAUCCAAUGGGAUCACACAUUUUCUUGCGUGCGCCUGCAUUCAUUUUCCCCCAAAAGCAAGUUUCCAAAGGUAGCAAAAGUAGUCUCUAUUAUUACCCGAAAGCAGAAACCAUGGCCACUAAAGGGCACAAAAUCUGCUUAGCCUUGUCUUCACUUUUCUUGAUCAUUCUUGCCAUUGCCAUUGUGAGUUUAAUUUUGACCAUAUUUAAACCCAAGAACCCUGAUAUAUUCAUCCACCCUGUUGACCUAGAAAAUUUUCAAUUAUUUUCAUCUAAUUCAACUAGUGCACCUUUGGGCAUGGUGAUCACAAUAGUGAAUACAAACUACGGAAGCUUCAGGUACAAAAAUGCCACUGGUUAUCUUAAAUAUCGUGGCACCAUUGUAGCUGAAGUUCCCUUUGAGACAAGAUCAAUUCCUGCACGUAGCAUUACCAAUAUGAGCACUUCUGCGGGUAUCAUGACUGCAAAAUUGAUCAAUGAUUCCAAAUUUUGGUCGGAUAUUGAAGUUGGGGUGUUAAAUUUGACAUCGCAGGCCACACUGGCUGGGAAAGUGACUAUGCUCAAGAUUUUGAGGAUUAAGGCGAAGGUGCUUAUCUCUUGUGGCAUCACUUUCAACAUAACUGCUGUGGAUGCUGCCUCCACCUGCAGGUCCAAAAUCAAGAUAUGAUCAUCCAUUUCAUUUUAUUUUUAAGUGUUCAAAUGUGCUCUUGGGUUAAGGAAAUGGGUUCAAAUUAUUAUUAUUGUCGGAGAAAAAUUGUAUGUAUUGACUCGUUUGAUCACAAAAAGUUAUAUACUCGUAAAUUUGUUGAUUUUAAUAAUAGUUAUUUUAAAUAUUACAUUAAAA